CCCGCUGCUGCUUCAUACUGCCCUCCUCCAUACUGCUUCUCUCCCCAAUGCAGUGGACGGCGACAUGGCAGACUUUGCGGCGGCGCAGAAGCGCAUACAGCAACGCCGCCUCGCCCGAGCAGAAGCGCUGACAGCGGCAGAAACAGGCCAGAGCCAGCUCCGAGCAGCACAAUUAACCAGCCUGCCGCCGACUCUCCGCACCUAUGCCUUCGACAUCCUCUCCUUCUGGCACUCCCUCCGCUCUCCCUAUGGCACGCGACCGGCUUUCCGCGUGGGCCAAGUUGACGCCGAACUCCUCGACGAAGCAUUGUUGGGACUGCUGAAGAAACAGGCGGGAGAAGGCUUGAAGUACUUUGGCGCACACGUGAAGGAUGACUACGACACGGAGAUCACAACCGCCCUGCGAGCCAUUAUGUGGAAGCUGAGCAUCUACGACCACGGCCAAUCGUACGGAGCCAGCUUGCAAGGCCUGAAAUACAUCGACGCGCGAGGAGACCCCGACCCGCAUUUCGUGCGGAAAGAAGCGACGACGUGGCAGAGAAUCGUCUAUGGCCUCCUGACUGUGGGAGGCCGCUAUGCCUGGGAACGCUGGGAAGACCGGUUGAGCUCCCUCGAAAAUGGCUACGAUGAACCUUCUCCCACCAUCCGACGACUAUCUCGCCUGACCACCAUCGCCACCACUUCCCACAACAUUGCAGCUUUCUGCUCUUUCCUCAUAUUCCUGUACAACGGCCGCUAUCGAACCCUCACCGACCGCCUGUUGCGCCUUCGACUCGUGCCAGCUUCCAACCAGACCAAUCGCGAAGUAUCCUUCGAGUUCCUAAAUCGCCAACUCGUCUGGCACGCUUUUACCGAAUUCCUCCUCUUUAUUCUUCCUCUCGUGGGAAUCUCUCGCUGGAGACGCUGGCUAGCUCGAGCAUGGAAAAAGACGAAAAGCACAACUACCAAGAUCUUCAGCUCCAAGUCUCUGUACUCUGAAGAGCAUGACGAAGACGACAUACAGACUGGCGAACUCGCAUUCCUCCCUGAACGAACUUGCGCAAUAUGUUAUCAGGAUCAGAACCCCGCUGGCGGACAAUCUGAACAAGACAUUAUUGCAUCUACUGCUGCUGCAAACAGUGGUAUCAUCGGCUCCUCGACAACAGACAUCACCAACCCAUACCAAACAGAGCCUUGCGGAUGCAUCUACUGUUUCGUCUGCUUAGCCCAGAGAAUCGAAGCCGAAGAAGACGAAGGAUUCAUUUGCUUGCGCUGUGGAGAGACAGUCAAGGAGUGUAGACCUUGGAACGGAGACGUACUAGUUGAGAAGAGUAGUCUUAGUAGCAUCAAGAGAAGAAGCAGCACACACAGCACAAACGCAGGUAGUCGACCAUCCAGCAGGAGGAAAUCAGUCAUGUUUGCCGAUCUCGAGAAUGAGGAGCAACAAGACCAGCAGGAGGAGGACGACGACGACGACGAACAGCCCAUGAAUACCAUGGACCCCAUGCCGAUGGAGGAGAGCCAGGCGUGGAGUGAAGUACGGGCACAUGAUAAUGACAGUGGUAGUGAGGAACACGAGUAUGGGAGCGAAGAAGAUGACUAGAGAUACCCAAC